GCAGGCAGGAACAGGGUGUGUGCUUGGUGCAAGGAUUUGCUUGUGAUCGGCUGAUCCGGCUGGAGGUGGAGAAGGAAGGGAGCCUGCAGAUGCCCACUGACCUGCUUGGGUAAGCAGACCAGCACGCAUGGAGCCAGCGCCAGGGAGCACCGCGAUGCCCAGGCGGAGGCCAGGCCAAGAGCUGGAGCAAGAGGAAGAGGCCAAGCUCUGGGUGCCCAACAGUAGCUCUGCCCACCUGGAUGGCAUCCCCAGCCUCGCCCAGUGCCGGAGACGCAUGGAGGCAGUGCAAUCCCCAGCACAGGACGGGGCCAAGAAAGAGGGGCUGCAGCCAGACCCCCCACCCCUGAAGACGGUCCAGCUGGAGAAUGAGGCCAGGGGGAGAGGCUCCUGGCUGGAGAAGCAGAAAGCCUUCAUCCCCCGGCAGUCACCGUUGGACGAGCUGCUGGCGGUGGAGCAUUUCCGGAGCCUCUACCACCUGUGCAUCGCCGUCGCCUGCAUCGCCAUCCUGGGCGCCGCCGCCACGGAUCUUGCCAACCACCAGUGCUGCCUGAAGGAGGACUUGGAGUUCAUCAUCGCCAACGCCCACGGCAUGAGCGCAGCACUGGGGGUCUGGCUGAUCAUGUGCAUCUACACCCUGCUGGCACCCUAUGCGGCGCUGGCGCUCUGGGCCCACGCAUCCCGCACCGCACGCCACCCAUGGCUUCUUGUGGCCAGCGUGGUGGGGGCGCUGCUGGGGGGCCACGCCACCGUGCUGGGCAUCUUCCCCAUCUAUACCAUGGUCCACCAGCAGAUACAAUACAUCCCCAAGGUCAUCCUCAUGACAGAGCAGCUGCGGCUCCUGAUGAAAAGCCACUCAUUCCUGCGGGAGACGGUGCCCAAUCUCCGUGCCCAGACGACCGCUGGGAAGGUGAAGCUGCCGGCCUUGUCCACCUACCUGUACUUCCUGUGCUGCCCCACACUGCUGUACAGGGAGACCUACCCCAGGACCUCUGUCAUCCGCUGGAGAGUCGUGGUGGAGAACUGUGUCAAGUUCCUGGCCUUCGUCUUCGUACUGGCACUCAUCAUGCGCCGUUUGUCCAACCCGGUGUACAUCCACCUGAGCCUGCAGCCCUUCCGCCUCGAGACAUUUGUGCCAGCUAUGUGCAACAGCAUCCUGCCUGCCACUGUGAUGCUGUUGAUCUCAUUCUAUGGCAUCCUGCACUGCUGGUUGAACGCCUUCGCUGAGGUGCUGCGCUUUGCUGACAGGGGCUUCUACCAGGACUGGUGGAACGCCACGUCCUUCGCCACCUACUACCGCAAGUGGAACAUCGUGGUCCACGACUGGCUCCACCUCUACAUCUACCAAGACCUGUUCUGGCUCUUUGGAAAGAAGUGGCGGGUGGGCGCCAUGCUGGCCACCUUCCUCCUCUCCGCCAUCGCCCAUGAGUACAUAGUUGCUUUCGGCUUGGGCAUCUUCUGCCCCAUCCUCUUCUGCAACUACACCAUCUUCGGAGUGCUCUUCAACUUCGUGCUGAGCGACAAGCGCAGGCGCCCGGCGUGGAACAUGGCCGUGUGGGCCUUGCUCUUCGUGGGGCAGGCCCUGCUGGUCACGCUGUACAGCCUGGAGUACUAUGCCCAUGUCCACUGCCCGCUCCAGGACACCUUCUGGGGGCAGCUGACGCCUUGCUCCUGGUCGCGUGCCAUGUGACGGAGACCGCCAGGCCCUGCUCAGCCGUGGCGUUUCUGGGCACCCUAGCACCGCUCAUUCCUUCAGCUUGGAUCUGCCACCGUCGCCAGCCCCUUGGGCUUGCUCCUGCAUCCUGUGCCCGGCUUCAGGGACUGCAGCUGUCUUUGCACUGGUCACCAUAGGCCUCCAGCCCCUGCCAGCGCCCGCUGUGAAGGCUCCCUGCCCCAGAGCCCUGCUGCUCAGACAGCUGCCAGUCCCCACUAGAUGGGCAGGGCAGUCAGGGCUCCCCUGGCAUCUCCCCACCUACCCAGCCCGGCUCUCCCAGCUCCCAGCCCGACUGGCACAGCACUGAGGCCUGGUUCCUACCCCCUGUACUGGUUCUGCCCCUGCUGUGGGCAGGGCCUCAUUGGCACGAUGCCGCCUUGUCGCUCUGUAUGGGAGACCUGUGCCCCGCAGCACCUGCUACCACUAAAGCACCAUUUGUA